CGUCCCGGUAAACCAUCAAAAUUUCCAGUUGUUGCACAAUCCACGAUGGAUCCAGCAAUGCCUUCACUAAACGGGAAUCGCUCCCGACAAACCAUUGCAGAAGAAAAGUUCCUGGGCAUUUUCGCCGGUUCAUCGGGUUUCCAAGUCCUCCGGAAACACUCGAAAUUCUUCAAGCGCUUCAGAAAACUGACGACCACAACCGAAACGCGCUUGAAGACCACGCAGAUCAAGUACUUGAUGACCGAAUUGAUAAUUUGUUGUUUGACGCAUAUGCAAGACACGUACCGGAUGCAUUUGAGCCGCGUCAAAGGGUUGACCAUCAUCGACACUAUUGUCCAGAGUUGUCCCAUCAAUAAAAUCGACGCGGAUCACGCCACCCAUUUGACUUGGGCUAUCCUCAGUUGUAUGCACCACUUCUUCGUGAGAUUACGAACUGAGAAAGGGUGUAUGGAGUGGUUCAAAAGGAGGCAGGCUCGAAAAGCUGUCAGGACGUACGAUAAAUUGCUGCAGUUUCUCACUCCGACGCACUACGAUACUGUGUUCAGCGCGAUCAUGAUCUUCUUGGAGGAAGCGGAUUUGUGGGAGAUCGAGUACUUUUGCUCGCAUUUGUUCCGAAGAGUGUUGGAGUACGCGGACGAGGAGAGUGUUUAUACCUCUCUGCUCGAGAUUGUUUCUUUGGUUGAGGAUUCGACGCUCACGAGUUUGAUGACGUGUCGAGAGAUAGUCCAAGUUUUGGUGACUCUAGGCAACUCUGUGAAGUGGGAGUGGAUGGAUGGGAGGAUCCUGACGAGGAUUAUCGAGAUUUAUGUUCUUAGUUUGCUGCCGGAGGAGAAUCACGGGCUUUAUGAAGGAUUGGAGAGUAGUUUGGCGGCGUGCUUGCAAGCGAUGUCGCAGUACGUCGGAGAGAAACAUCUUCGGUGCAUGGUGAACGUGAUGUUCAAACCGGUUUUGAAUGAGAGAAUAGGGGGCGAAAACCUACUACGCUACGGGGAAUUGUUGGAAAGUAUACACUUGAUGUACACUAAAAGAGGGGCACAUCAUCCCUUGUCCGACCUGACGCUACCACCCAUUGUUAAAACCAUGUGUUCGAAAAAGGUGAUCUAUAGCCAAUUGGGUCUCCGACUUUUGCAAAGCUUCGUGGAUCGAUGUGGUAACAAAUGGCAGUUUGAAGUGCCUAAAAUAUUUCUCAGACACACGAAGUACGACAUCAUCAUUAAUAAAUACUCGACUGCAGACAAGUUGAUGUUUCAACGUUACAGACACAAAUUACACGAGGUGGCAAUCAAAUGCGUAAUGAUGCACGGAGUCCAUAAGCUUUAUCUGGAGCUGCUUUACAUUUGUAUCAGUUUAUUCAUGGUAGAAAUUCCUUGCGGUUACACCGCCGCAUCCGGAAUUUGCCUAGUACUAACCCUUCAAGAACUAGCCCGCACUGAUAAAACCCUCCCGCCUCACUACUCUCAUCGCAUUCACGCUAUAGUAAUCUCCGUAAUAUCUCUAAUCUGCUACGUCCACGACGCCGUCGUUCUCUACGACUACGUCGGCAGCAUUGUCGAGAAAAGGGCGACUUUAGCACCACAUCUAAACCCACCUUUGAAGAGCACCUACAGCUACGCCCAACACCACAUUCUAUGGGACGACCCGCAGCUAUUCUUCGAAGACUGGAAAAUCCGCUACGGUCUGUGGAGGUGUUUCAAGGCCCGAAAAAAGAGCAUGGUCGUCAAAAAACGAAACUUCAUAAACCUCCCCCUGGAAAACUACGACGACUUCGACAUCUAAUAAAAUCGCGUCUGUAACCCGGCAAC